AAAGAAAGCGACUUUUAAAAUAAAUAGUUUUUCACAUGAUUUCUUUCUUUCUUUUUUCUCUCUUUCUUUCUUUUUCUUUAUAUGCCUCAUUCUUUUUCAAAUUGUCCUUUACGCUCUUGUUCUUUACUCAUCACACAACAUACUUCACAGUCUAUCAUUACAGCCACAGACGAUGUAUUGGAUAGCUUGGGUUAUUCACUGGCUGAUCUAAAGGGACAUUCGAUCCAUACACUUCAUAUCAAACUAUCCUCCAAUCUAACCACCAACAUACCUGAAUGUACACUUCAACAUGCUAAUGGAAAUGCACUUGUAUUUCAAGUCUGUGUUCAUCAAAACCCUUUAGGAUUCAAUAGUCUAGAUUAUUGGUUACUGAGGUUACAUACAGAUCAUGUGGAAACAAACCAGAUGCAUACAAUCACUGUCUUACGGCUAAGUCCUUAUGGUACUAUUGAGCAGGCAAAACCCUAUCAACAUCAAUGGAUAGGUAGACCCAUAAUGGCCUUUGUUUAUCAGGAUGAUGUACAGCCCUUAUGUGCUCAUCUAUCUCAACUGUAUCAUAGGCCUGUUGUUGACCCACUCUUGAUUCGAUGGUCAGCUACCACAGAAGAAAGUCAUGGCUGGAUGGCAUUGGCACUCACAUCCACACGUAUCAAUUCAGCUUUGUAUCCAGUGUGUCUGAUGAGACCAUUACAGAUACCAUUUGAUGAAGAAACAAGUGCGUAUCCUUGUUGGGUCACAAAGGCACAGGUCUACUGGACUGAAUUCUAUCAGUAUAUCAUAGACAACUGGAUAGAUAUGGUAUGUUAUGUAAAAUACAUCUUGAAAGAACAUACCUCGAUGCUUCAGUUAGGGAUCAAAUAAAGUCACAUAUCUAUACGCGU